UGCAGCCAUGCUGACCACCGAGGACCGCCGCAUUCUCAAGCAGAGCUGGGACAAGGUGUCCAGCAUCCAGGAGGAGCUGGGCUGCGAGUCCCUCACCAGGAUGUUCGUGGUGUACCCCACCUCCAAGACCUACUUCCCGCACUUCGACCUGAGCCCCGGCUCGGCCAACAUCCGCGGCCACGGCAAGAAGGUGAUGAAGGCGCUGGAGGACGCCCUCAACAACCUGGACCACAUCCACGAGAACCUGGCCGAGCUCAGCAACCUGCACGCCUACAACCUCCGCGUGGACCCCGUCAACUUCAGGCUGCUGGGCCGCUGCAUCCAGGUGUCUCUGGCCACCCACCUGAAGAGCGACUUCAACGCGCAGACCUACGCCGCCUGGGACAAGUUCCUCAGCUGCGUGGGCGACGUGUUGGCCGAGAAGUACCGGUGA